AUGAACCAGUCCGGUGGCGCGUUGUCAGGCAGUGACUCGGACAUGGAAACAGAAACAACCAAUCAGAAACCUCCAAAGAAAAGUGACACAGUCCCUAAAUAUGACCUUCAUUCCAAACAGAAUGAAAGCGAUGAUGUUUUGAAAACGAUUGCGUCGUGUUGGUCUGAGGUAGACCGCCAGUGUUCAGCGUACCAGCGGCGUGUAUGUGAGAGUCCGGACUCAGGCCUGGGCUGGAAGACAGUCAGGCUGUUUGUCUCGUCAACAUUCACAGAUUUCUUCAACGAAAGAGAAGUUCUUGUCAAAAAGGUGUUUCCUGAGCUACGGGAAUGGUGUGAGGACAGGAAGAUCUCGCUGAUUGAGUGUGACCUUCGAUGGGGCGUUCCCAAAGAUUCGACCAGUAAGGAGACGAUCUGCACUUGUCUUGAGGAGAUUGACAGGUGUCAGGAAGAGAAUGGUCAACCUUUCUUCCUUAACCUGCUCGGAGACAGAUAUGGAUGGAUACCAUCAGAAAGUGAUGUGCCGGAUGAUAUCAAAGAAAAGUAUGGUUGGGUUCCCAACGCCUCGAUAACAUUCAUGGAAAUUCUGUGUGGUGCCUACAGAAUGAAAAACCCGAAUGCGGCGUUCUUCGUGAGAGAUUCACAGUUUCUACAAGAGGUACCAGAAUCACAAAGGACGCGUUUUGUUGACGAUGAACCGCUGAAGAGUCAACAUCUGAAGGAGCUCAAACGACGGAUCAGAGAAAGAUUCCCGGAACAAGUUUAUGACUACGCCUGCAAAGUUGAUACGGACAAAGUGGUAGCUGAACAAGAGAGUCCUCAGGUGAGUCUCUUAGGGUUGGAAGGCUUCGCACAGCAGGUUCUGGACUUCUUCAAGAAUGCCAUAGAAAACAAGUACAGCGACCAGCUAAACGUGAAAACAUUAGACAAAUGGGAACAAGAGAGACAGAUGCAGUUCAUCUUCAUCAAACAGAAAUCAGAUGCGACCAUUGGCAGGGACGGGGAAGUGGCUACAAUGUUAUCAUAUGCUCAAGGAGAAACGCCGAGCUUCCUGGAGCUGACAGAGGGAGAAAAGCUUGAAGAAGGAAAGACAACUGGCUGGGAAGAUUUCGAGAAUCUUCAUUCCAACUUGACCAUUAUCUCACCUCCUGGGUUUGGAAAGACGUCAUUGAUGGCGAAAAUAACAACGGAAGCCAUGAAGGCUGGGUUGGAUGUAUUCUACCACUUUGUCGGAAGUACAAGCGCUAGCUGCACAGCUAAAAAUCUAUUGACCAGACUUAAGCGACAUGUGAUUAGCUCCGACAUUCAAGACCAAGAAACCGACGAGGAAGAAGCGAUAGAUGUCGUAGAAGAUUCAAAAAAAGUUUUAUCAGUUUUGGCCAAGCAGGGGAACCAGUUGUUGAUAGUCUUGGACGGAGUCAACCAGCUGCUGUACCGUGACAGCCUGUCACAUCUGGCCUGGUUACCCCCGGGCUUUCCCUGCAAGACUCGCUGUAUCGUCAGUGCUGCCACGGAACAUCCCCGGACAGUGGAGAGACUGCUGCGCUUCCCCACCUACAAGUUGCACCUGGGUGAAGUGUCACCGGACACAAGGAAACAGAUCGUGACAGCCUCUCUCGGCAGGUUUAAUAAGAGACUGGACGCAGAGCAGUUGGAGCUGUUACUCUCCCACCCAUGUGCCCCACAGCCUCUCUGGCUCAUCAUCGUCUGUGAGGAACUCCGUGUCUUCGGAGACUUCGGCAAGCUGACCGGAAUGAUCUCGAAACUUCCCGAAAGCCUGGACGGUCUACUGGAGGAGAUUAUCCGGAGACUGAUCGCCGAGGACAGCACACAGUGUAUGGAAAAGUCUCUGUGUCUGAUCAGCUCAUCUCGUCGAGGCCUACCAGUCAGUGAGGUUUUGAAUUUACUGGGUGACCUACCGUCCAAGACAUCCGUCCCGCUGGCCGACUGGGCACAAGUGCGUCGUUGUAUCAAACCCUUCAUACGAACAGUUCCUUCGGGUUCUAUCGAGCGGAUUUUCUUCUUUCACCAGGCAAUGGAAAUAGCGGUGCGAAACAAACUGGUGUCAGACCUCGAGCAGAAAAAGAAGUGGAGCACUCACUUCGCUGAUUACUUGGAAUUUUGGUGCGACAAGAAAGAGCUCAGAAAAGAAGAGUUACCGGACUAUCUGAGAGAAGCCCAUCUAAAAGCCAGGUUGGCGAAUUAUUUGCGGAAAAGCCCGGACGGAAAAGAAAUCGGAGAUUUUACCAGAAGUAGUUACUUGCAGUUUUGUCGUUGCAAGAACUUUGUCACGCCUAACACGCCGAUGAUCUCGCCAUUGAUGUUGUGCAUGUUUUGCGGAAUGAACACGGAAGGGUUCUCUGUGAGGAGGAACCGCAACUCGGAAAGUUGUGUCAUCUGUGGCACGUGGAUGCCAAGGGGCUUCAAUGCCAAACCUGCUUACAUCUGUGGCUUUCACAGUAAUAUCCUGUCAACGUCCAGCUUCUUACCCAAAUGCUACUUGUGUAAGCGCAUGGUCAAACAUGAUAAGAAUGCAACGACGGGCUUGAUUUGCCAGAUGUGUUCUUCUCCUAUGGCAGGGAAAAUGUGCGUCGUUUUAGAAUGAUAUUUUUGAUGCAGGUUAAAAGUGUGUAUGUCGACAUUGCAAGUGAACUGCUCUGUCCGAUGUGACAUAUCUACUUUAAUACAUCAGGAAACCAUGUUUAUCAGUCCCUUUUUACCGCGGGAGUUCACCAUCGACUUUAUGGAUUUCUGUUAACUGGCAUAGCGAGCUCCACGGAGGCGCCUUAAUGGUGGAAAGCUUGUGAACUCUGAACUUCAUUUUCCAUGAAUGUUCAACGUGACCAUGAGCGGAACGUGUCAAUAUGUUGUUGACGCGUGCAGAAAUUUAUUCGAGGUAUAUAUAUAUAAUUUCACGGUAAAACUACAUGUAUGUUGUAUAUCUUUUUUAAACCUUCAAUACCUCUGAAGUUAAACUAUCUCGUCUGUGACCCACGCACAUAAAACGCUAGAGAUUAUGGUACCUAUGAAUAGAUUACCCAAACUCCUUUACUCGUACUCGUAAAGUUCUCUUAGACGUCGAAAUGGGUCUUGAUAUCAGACAGGCAAUCUUCACCAUGUCACUGGCAUAUCAAAUAGGAUACAUUGAUUAUGAAGAGAUUGUGCAGCUAUCUUCCCUUACAGCAAGGCGGGGGAACUACUCGACCGUAGCUUGACCAUUGCUAUAAACCUCAUUGUUCGAGGUUCAGUUAGAUACCGUUGUAACACCGCCUUUGUAAUAAACAAUUGGAAAAUGUACUAAAUUAUUUUCAUCGAAUACCAUCAUUAAUCACAUCGAACCACCAAGCGCAUUCUGAAAAUAUGUGAAACUUUUCUCCAAAUUUAUUUCAAAAUGUAACGCACUGAUUACCCAAGUCAAACCCGUGCAUUUUGUAGUGGAUUAUUUUAAUCUGCAAAAUUUUGCGUCAAUUACCAUCGUAAAUCAUAUCGCGCCACCGAAUGCAUUCGGAAAAUGUCAAACUUUUCUGUAUUUUUCCCCAAAAGUUCAAUACAAAAUGUAAUGGAUAUGUAUUUUCUCUGACGUCAUUACAAACGUGGUUACGUACCGUUCAUGUAUCACGAUCACAAUGCAAAAGCAACUUAGUAUCGAAGUAAAUUCGACAAGCGUGUGCAGGAAUUUGAGCACCGGGGAUCAAUGUAGUACGACCAAGGCAGUGUAGCACAACAAGACAUUUGCCUGUUGGGUAAUCCCAUGAACAAUGUUCACGUUUGUUUCUAUCCCAGAAUUAUGCGCAAAUGUUUUGUAUCUUUCUGUAAAAGGGUGUAUUGUAGAGUUUAAACGUAUGUUUACUUAUUUCAUUGGUGUUUUAUGACGUAAUCAAAGAUACUUGACUUGCA